UCAAAGGUGCCGAGUGUGUCGACAAAAAGUGACCCUACUGGUUAUACUGUGCUAGCCGGCUUAUGAGAGUUAUGAGUGUAUUUCAGCCGAUCAGCCAAUGACUAAAUCUACUUACUAGUUAUUUAGUAUUUGAUACGCGUAUCAAACACACAGUGUAAACUAGACCACUGAAUGUAUUGUUUGUUCCUAAGGCCGGUUCUUAUUAGUCGGUCAACGUAGAUCCGGCCUAAUUGAAAGAUAUGAUUAUAUAAAUGCAGUGUCAUGCUACAUGCAUAAUAUUGUGGAAAUAUGUCUGCUGAUGAUUAACGAGAAAUGUGUUGUGAUAGAGCAAACUGAGAGAUAAAUAUCAGGUCAACCGAUUUAUGAAAAAAAAGAAAUUUCAUCAAUUCAUUGGACGCCAUGGCUCUAAAAGGAAUCAAGGUUUUGGAAUUAGCUGGACUUGCUCCGGGACCCUUAUGUGGAACAAUUUUGGCAGAUUUUGGGGCAUCCGUUAUCAGAGUGGAUAAGAUUAAAGCUCCGGCAUUGGAUUAUUUGGGCCAUGGAAAGAGAUCGAUAGCAUUGAAUCUGAAAUCUGAACGGGGUAUUAAUAUUUUCAAAAAAUUAAGCGAUGAAAGCGACGUCGUUAUUGACACGUACAGGAAGGGAGUCAUGGAAAAAUUGAAGAUUGGACCAGAGGAACUUAUGGCGACAAAUAAGAGAUUGAUAUACGCUAGAUUGACUGGAUACGGACAAAGUGGCUCUUAUGCAAAUAUGGCUGGUCAUGAUAUCAAUUAUUUAGGUUUAUCUGGAUUACUGUCUUUAUUUGGCCGAUACGAUCAGAAACCUACGCCACCUGGAAAUCUGGCUGCUGAUUUCGGUGGUGGUAGUUUGAUGUGCGCUUUUGGAAUAAUCUUAGCGUUAUAUGAGCGUACUAGGAGCAACGUUGGGCAGGUAAUAGAUGUAUCAAUGGUAGAAGGAGCGGCGUACUUAGGGUCCUGGUUCUUCAGAUCCCACAAAAUAUUUUGGAGAAAUCCACGUGGAAAAAAUUUUUUGGACACAGGUUCGCACUGGUACGAUACGUAUGAGACGAAGGAUAAGCGUUAUAUGUGUGUUGGAGCGCUCGAACCACAGUUCUACGAAAUCUUCCUAAAGAAGCUCGGUCUCUCGAGCGACGAGGUGCCGCAGUUCGAGAAUUUCGAAGAAAAUCGUCGUAUAAUCACGGAAAUUUUCAAGACCAAGACUCAAGCGGAAUGGUGCGCUAUAUUCGACGGCAGUGAUGCCUGCGUGACACCGAUGUUAGAUAUUGAAAACGUCACGUCACAUAUUCACAAUAAUCAAAGGCAGACAUUUACGACUAUGGGGGACGAUAUAAUUCCAAAUCCCGCUCCUCGUUUGUCUCGCACACCCGGUAUUUCUGUAGGAGGUCAUAAGAACACACAACCCGGUGAAGACACAAUACAAAUCUUAACUGAACUGAAGCUUCAAUCUAACGAAAUUGACGAUCUAUUGGCAAACGGAGUUGCUUAUCAGACGCAGCAUACUUCUAAUCUUUAAACCCGUCAGAUUUUAUGCGGAUAUCAAUUAAGUGACUUGUACUUUUUAGGGAUUAUUUUUUAAUUUUUUUGUUUCUAGAAUUUUAUAGAUUUUUUCGUGCGCUUUUUGUUACAUAAAUUUAGUGAACAAUCUAUUGAAGUAGGAAA